AUGGCUAUCUCCAACACCAAUACCGCUAACUCAAAGCGAAAUAUCAUCAUUUUCUCCGAAAAAAAGGUACUAACAGAGAAAACCCCAGACUUCGAUGGCACAAUCUUCAAACAAGACACGGGCCACAUCCUCUUCGAUACACACGGCUGCGGCGCCGAGGCGCGCAACAAACUCGAUGCGCAGAUCAAGUCCGGCGAGCGGUCCUUCAGGGAGGUCUCCGAGGAGAUGUGGGGGUCGCUGCAUAUCCCCUUCGAUGACGGGUUCAAGGUGAUGGAGAAGACGCUCGAGAUUGAUCCUGGCUUCCGGGAGUUCCAUCAGUAUUGCGUGGAAAACGGCUUUCCAUUCCAUGUUAUCAGUGCUGGCUUGAAGCCUGUGCUGAGACGGGUAUUGGAUACCUUUUUGGGUGCAGAUAGUUCCGCCGCAAUCGACAUCGUCGCCAACGAUGCAGUCAUCAACCCCGACGGCUCACAAUGGAAACCCAUCUGGCGACACGACACCGAGCUAGGCCACGACAAGGCGCUCAGCGUAAACGAAGCCCGGGCCGAGGCUGAAGCAGCCUGUUCUGCCGGCGAAAUCCCACUGAUCGUAUUCAUCGGCGACGGCGUGUCCGAUCUCGCCGCCGCGCGCGAAGCAGAUGUCCUCUUUGCACGCCGUGGUCUGCGGCUUGAGGAGUACUGUCGCGAGCACGACAUUGAGUAUACGCCGUUCGAUACCUUCUCUGAUAUCAAGUCCGAGAUUCAGGCGAUUAGUGCCGAGGAUCAGAGUAAGACAGGUGGAAGCGGGCUGCCGGUUAGGUUUAACCCACGGGCUAAUCUGUGGAGACGGAUUUCCAGUAAGGAAGCGGUUCCUACGCUUAUGGCUGCUGCGACGCCUUCUAGGGAGGAGAAGAUGUUCCUCUGGCCCGAGACAUUCUCGGAUUAUAAACCGCAGACUAUUCAGGAGGGCGAUGAAACAUCUAUUGCUGCUUGA